CCAAUAUGAUAUUUCUUGAGUUGUUUCUUUUUGGCUUUUGAAGACAGACAUAAUACACAGGAUUAGGAAAAACAUUAGUACGUCCCUAAUUCACUUAUCAUCUCCGAAUAUAGACGAACCAAAAUGCGGAUGAUCAUCAGCAUGGGCCGUGUUGUAUCUGCACUGAUUCUUGCUUCUCUGGCCGCCGUGCCAAGAGCCGAUAGCCUUUGGCCAAACUGCAUCGAGCAAAACACUGUGAUACGGAAUGCGGGUAAAGCAUUUUUCACCAACAUCGCCGGCUAUGGAGCUGCAGCAGGGUACUUAACGUCAGUGUGUUGCUUCCAUUUUUCCAUUUUCUCAAAUCUGUUUCGUCGUGAUGUAAACAGUGGAGGAGAAUACGGGCUUCCGAGAGAAGAAAUGACGACAAUGCCUAUGUAGCAACUAUUAACUUGAUAUAUCUUUUCAAUUAUUCUAAAGUACAAAGAAGAUGCAUAUUGCAUAAUCUCGAUUGACUUGCACUACACUAACUACAAGCACAAAGGGUGGGAUGGGAGGAGAUUAUGUACGAUGAUUUUCAAAGUACAGGUGCUUUCUGGACGAUUGCAAAAAUACGGAUAAGUUUGCGGUGUCGUCAAUAGUUAUGAAUCUGAGAAUUCAAAAAAUUCUUCGAUUGAUUCAUUUCACACAUUUUUCUCAACAACCCUACUGAGUGAUUUCACCGUUCAGUCACUCUUACCACUCUUACCAAAUUAUUUACUGGUCUUGUUUACUAAGUCACUUGCUCAGUUCUUAAUUUUUUUGCAAGUUUGCCACUGGUAGUAUUCUGCCUAUCUGAAGAUUGUACUGACUUAGAGGUUGAAGAAGUUACGAUGUCAUGAGGAAAAAUAAGUGCCGUGUUGUGGACUGUGUCCGAACAAAUGUGCAACUUGCUGUGGUCUACUGGUACAGUGCUCUAGUAUUAUUGGAACAAUAUGUACUAGUACAACAUGUGCAGCUCUUGUAGUACAAUGAGCACUACCCUCCUACCUAUACGCUAUAUAGUACGAAUGUAUUGCAUGUAGAGGUCGUUUGCCCACCCUUCAUAUCAAAGUCGUGUAUCAACGUCUGCAAUUCGGAACCGGAGUGUGCGUGGUGGGCAUUCGGCAGUGAAGAAGGUAUGACAAAGUGCUGGAUGCGUGUCUCCGAUGACGGCCGCGAGUCAGGAGACGGCUGGUCAAGCGGAUCCAAAACGUGCGCGCCGCCAGGUAAACAUAUUAAUUAUAAGCGAACACCAACGUUACAGAAGUCCUGCGGAUUUUUCUUUGCUUAGUGGUACUAUCGCUAGUCCGUGCAUAUAUAGGGGUUCUGCUGUUUGAUUCUACUGUGGGUAUUGCUAUCCAAUUACCGCAUACAUUCAAUUUCGAUUUUUACUCAAGCCGCAAAUUUUCUCCCUACUUCAAGAACAGGGUUAGUAGUGAUGUACCUUAUCUAUUUUACUACAAUUAUUGCAGAUGUACAGAAGCUAACGAUGGGAAACACCGAGUGUUGGAUCGAUGGAUUCGACUACCACACCUGCUGUGAUCCAAAAUUCGGUCCGAACGGCAAUACCCAGUGCUGGGAUGGAAUGUUCAAUUAUAACCGCUGCUGCUUUCCGAGACACGAAUUAUAGAAGAUUGUAGAGCUCUUUGAGCAGAUUGUAGAGCUCUGUACGAAGUACUUGUCCAAAAAACUAAGUAAUUGAUUCUAAAGUUAUACUUGGAUGCAUGAUCCUUUCAUGCUGUUAAUCCCACAACAUGUUGGAGUGAUCUUCUCGUAGUACUUCUGUCGUGAUGUAAUCUUACACAUAAUGGUUGCAUGACGCGUGGCGGCAGGAUGUAGAGGCAGCUCUACAAGGUCCUGCGGGGACGCGGACUCUACGAGAAGCAAAGUUUCACAAUUCCUGGUAGAAUAUAGCUUGGGCACUUUCGAAACAAGUUGUAGAUUCUUAGUCAACAUCCAGUGGUAGAAUAAAUAUAGCUGAAUGUUGUUGUUCUAAUUUCCUCUCCCACGGUUGCGAGAACCGUACUACCUACUUCAACAUCACCGCAUUCAUUGCCUACUUCAACAUCACCGCAUUACCUACUUCAACAUCACCGCAUUACCUACAUCAGCAUCACCGCAUUGCCUACUUCAACAUCACCGCAUUGCCUACUUCAACAUCACCGCAUUGCCUACUUCAAUUUCCCGGAUACGGUUCUACCUACUUUUUAUUUCCCCUGCUUCAUCCCCACCGCGGCGCAUGCUCGAAAAGAAUGACUCCC